AUGCGAUUGAUCGUAUUGUUCAGCUUACUGCUGGUGAUUGCAGUAGCGUCCGCUGCAGUUGUACGCAGUAAACCGAACGUGCAAGCCAACCGACAACUUUUAGAACACUUGUUUACCAAACAAUUUCGAGCAGCGAGACGAGCUCAAGCGCCGUCGAAAUCCGGUUCCGAUGCAAGCACCCGACCAAUUGCUGAGCACUUCUUUACGACAGAGGUUGACCACUUCAAUGCACAAAACACCGACCAGUGGACGCUGCGCUAUUUCGCCUCGUCCGAGAACUAUCAACCGGGAGGUCCAAUUUUAAUCUUCCUAGGAGGAAUCUAUCCUAUUUCGCCGGAUUUGAUCGAUGAGACAACGCUGAUCUAUGAAAUGGCACGGGAAUGGAACGGUGCCCUGUUUGCCUUUGAAUCCCGAUUCUACGGACAGAGCCGCGUCACUGAAGAUUUGAGUACCGAUAAUCUACGCCUGCUGAGUGUUGAUCAGAUAUUGGCAGAUUUAGCUGAAUUUGUGACGUACGUGAGACGCGAACAUGUCGGAGAUGAAACCGCCAGGGUGUUGGUUGCCGGAACACAGGUCGGAGGAUCGUUGGCUGCUUGGUUCCGAAUUCGGUAUCCACAUCUGGGAAAUGCUGCGUGGGCUUCCAGUGCUCCUAUGCAUGCCGUUCUGAAUUUCCAAGACUUUUCGGAGGCCUGGGGAGAGACAUUGAUCGAGCACGGUAGUCAGGAGUGUUACAAUGAGAUCUUUGUGGCGUUCCAUGUAAUUCAAAAUUUGAUUGACUUAGGAAGAGCCGAUUUAAUUGCCGAGAAGUUCAACAUUUGCUCCGACAUAGAUCCGGAAAACACGUUCCAAGUGCAGUUCUUUCUUAGUGAGUUGAUGGGAACGGUUGAAAUAAUGACUAUUCUCAACCAAAAUUUGGACGAUUUUGCUCAAGUGUGCGGGGAAAUUACUGGAACUGACGCAGAUACUGCGGUUGAAGCUUUCGCGAACUGGUUCAACACAAUAUGGGCUGAAGAGUUCGGUUGCGCAGUGACCGACCCGGCAGAAGCUGUUGAAUUACUGCAGGACACUGACUGGGAUUCAAUAUUUAACACAUACGGCCUUCGGCAAGUAAUCUACCAGGAGUGCACUGAGAUCGGUUGGUUCCCUACCACGGAUUCACCGUUCCAGCCAUUCGGUGAUCGGGUGACAGUAGAUUUCUAUGUUGAAAUGUGCCGCCAAAUAUUUGGCGAUUGGAUCUCGGAAGAAACAAUCCAGCGAGGUAUCGACCGGGCGAACAACCGUUUCGGAGGAGAUAAUCCCGGUUCCAGUCUGACUCACUUCACCAACGGAGAUGCUGAUCCGGUGCGAAUGGUUGGUAUCACUAGGAAUCUUACGCUCGAUGCACAAGCCGAUGUGAUUCGUAAUCAGCUCGGUGGGUCCGAUUUGCCAGCCCUCUCCCCGGAUGAUCCCGCGGAUCUGCAGGAAGUCAAGCGACGCUUGAAAACGACACUCGCCAGUUAUUUGUUCCCUUUUAGUCCCUAUGAGAGUCCAUGA